AAUCGUAUGUUCGGAAGUUAGAUUUCCGACAUAGCGCUCACGUCGCCAUUUUGAAUUCUACAUGCUUCCUCCUCGAUAUAUUAAGACAAGUCUCUCGCUAUUCAUUAUCUCUUCGAAAAUAGUUUGAAAAUCUAUUGUAUAUACUUUAAAGAAACGCUUCUGAGUUCUGUUUGCUUGCAAACUUUGUCCGAGAAGUUGGAAAAGCUUGUCAUGGUGUUCAAAAGGCAGGCAUGUUGCUGCCCAAACCACGAGGCUUGGUGUGGCAGUAAGCCUUCAGAUGUGGAACAGAGGUCCCUGAGAAAGGCGAACAGAGUAGAGAAAGUUUUCUUGGAGCUAGAUGACAAAGGCAAAAAGGGCUGGUCUAGAAGCAUUUGUACAUACUGUCGACAGCGAGUCGAUUUGGAGCUUGGAAACAGACGCAUGAAAACUUCACACGAGAGCUGUAGAGAUGAAACUGCCUCAAGUUCCAGCGUGUUUUUCCAACCGGAAACCUCUGAGACCAGCGCCGCCGCUGAAGCCGCGUUAGAACCAUUCCAGGACAUUGAGGAAACCUCUGCACUAGGGCAAAUUUUGCCGUCAUCAGUUGAUGCUGUACGACUCAUGAAAGCAUCAACUAAACUAAGGGACAUAGAACUAAAGGACAUAAAACGAUGCAUUGAAGUAGAAGAUACGGCGUUUGGUGAAGCGAAGAUAUUUUUUUUUUAGAAAAUUGUAAAAUAUAAAUAUCAGCAAUAACCCGCAAUUGUCAGUAAGAGCAGUGGAAUGCUUAUGCGGAUGCAAAAAGCUGAAAGAAAUAGUGAAUAUAAAUGCAGCCCGUCUGGAGCCAGAAGAAUUACAAUUUCUUCGCAGAAAUUUUCCGUGAGUCCUCAUGGCCUACUAUGUAUCGAAGACGGAGACCCCGAUUAUAAGCUGGACACUCUCGACUUCAUCAAUGAGCUUAUGGAAUAAACCUUGCUUGCGGCUUGUUUUAAGAAAAUAUUGUGCGUUCUGUCUGUGUCGAUAAAAUAAUAGAGGACUGUUACUACUGUAAAUUCCAUUAAACUUUAUUGCUGUGGCUUGUAUGCGAUAAUAGUUGUAUUGAGGAUCGAAUAAAGCAAAAUUGGUAACUUUAUUUAAAGGCGUGAAUCGUUUUAGUUGUCAAUCUUAACAUGAAAAUCGUUGU